ACCAAACACAGCCUUAGAGAGUAACACCAAGGCACACGCACUUAUUUCUCUGCAUUCAAAGCGCGAUCAUCACCUGUAUAUUAUUGCUCUUGAUCACCUAAAACCACCCAGCUCUACAGUACUGUGAUCUCGUGAUUGUUCAUAUUACACUUUCGCAUACCAUACACACACACAGACAAAAUGGAUACCAACCGGAAUCCUCAGGACACGAUAGUGCCCCCAGUUGAAGGUGUUGCUGGAGGAGGGACGGCAUAUGGAUGGAGUGAUAGUGGCAUACAUGAUUCAAAUCCUCUCUGGGGAACAAUUGAUCCCACAAAAAAUCCUUCUGCAGAUUUAGUGCAUGUAUGGUGCAUGCCUAGCACGGCAAAUGUUGGGCCACAAGAAAUGCCUCGACCGUUGGAACCUAUAUCUCUUCUGGCGGCAAGAAAUGAGAGAGAAAGUAUUCAACUCGCUUUACGGCCAAAAGUUUCUUGGGGUAAAUCUGGUAUUGCUGGGGUUGUAGAGGUUCAGUGUACUGACUUGUGUUCGGCUUCUGGUGAUAGGUUGUUUUUGGGUCAAUCACUGACAUUGCGACGUGUGGUGCCCAUCUUAGGUGUUCCGGAUGCACUUGUACCCCUUGAUCCACCUGUCUCUCAAUUAAGCCUACUUCCAGGAGAAACAACCGCAAUUUGGAUUUCCAUAGAUGUCCCAUGCGAUCAACCCCCGGGUCAAUAUGAAGGAGAGUUCAUCAUCACUGCUAUAAAGGCGGAUGCAGAAUCUACAGCGCAAUGCCUGGGCAAAGCUGAGAAGCAUCAACUAUACAAAGAACUUAGAAAUUGUCUUGACAUUGUGGACCCCAUUGAUGGAAAAUCAUUUGAUGAAGUGGUAGAAAGGGUGAAAUCUGCGAGUACAUCUUUAAGAAGAGUUCUUCUAUCGCGAUCAUUUUCUGAUUUCUUUUCAGAUAAUGGUCCAGCAGAUAUGAUGGAUGAAGAUGCAAUUUCAAACCUUUCUAUACGGUUGAAGUUAAAUCUGACAGUUUGGGACUUCGUUAUUCCGGCGACACCUUCACUUCCUGCUGUUAUUGGUAUAUCUGAUACUGUAAUUGAAGAUCGCUUUGGUGUUAAACAUGGGAGUAAGGAAUGGUACGAGGCAUUGGAUCAGCAUUAUAAGUGGCUGCUCCAAUAUAGAAUCAGUCCGUACUUUUGCAGAUGGGGUGACGGUAUGCGUGUUUUGACAUACACCUGUCCAUGGCCAGCUGAUCAUCCAAAAUCAGAUGAAUAUUUUUCAGACCCUCGUCUUGCAGCAUAUGCUGUACCAUAUAGGCGAGUUGUCUCUUGCAACAGCGGUGAUGCAGCAAAUGACUACUUGCAAAAAGAAGUUGAGAUUCUGAAGACGAAGAGUCACUGGAAAAAAGGCUAUUUUUACCUUUGGGAUGAGCCAUUGAACAUGGAACAGUAUGAUUCCAUUCGCAGCAUGGCCCGCGAGAUUUAUGCUUAUGCUCCUGAUGCUCGUGUUCUGACGACUUACUACUGUGGGCCGGGUGAUGCACCUCUUGCUUCUAAUUCUUUUGAGGCUUUUUUGAAAGUUCCAGAGUUCCUACGCCCUCAUACUCAAGUAUAUUGCACCAGUGAGUGGGUGCUUGGUAACCGAGAGGAUUUGGCAAAGGAUAUCAUUGCAGAACUACAACCAGAAAAUGGUGAGGAAUGGUGGACAUAUGUGUGCAUGGGACCAUCUGAUCCUCAUCCUAACUGGCACCUGGGGAUGCGAGGAACGCAACACCGGGCGGUGAUGUGGCGGAUAUGGAAGGAAGGUGGAACGGGGUUUCUCUAUUGGGGUGCCAACUGCUACGAAAAGGCAACAGUUGCUAGUGCAGAGAUCAGAUUCAGGCGUGGCCUCCCCCCAGGUGAUGGGGUCUUGUUUUACCCCGGUGAGGUGUUCUCUUCUUCUCAUCAACCAGUUGCUUCAGUAAGACUAGAGCGCCUUUUGAGUGGCUUGCAGGACAUUGAAUACCUCAAGCUAUAUGCAUCAAGAUUUGGUAGGGAUGAAGGGCUUGCUCUUUUGGAAAAGACGGGUAUAUAUCUGGGUCCUGAGCGCUAUGCUCUUGAACACAUGCCAGUAGACAUGAUGCGGGGCGAGAUCUUUAGGACAUGCCAAUCCUAAUAUAAUUUUGAUAUCAAGUAGUUUCCCCAUGUUUUUGUAAUUUUUUUCAACAUCAAUACCUAAUUUUUUUUGGUUAUUAAUUUUGAAUGUGUAUUAAAAAUGUCCUCAGAAUCGUAAUCUAGUUGUCCUAGUAAUCCUGUUAUUUCUGCAUGAGAAAUGUUACAUGUUGAGGAAACUAGGUUUAUAGUUGCGCCGAAAAAAUCUGUCGGCCUCCUUAAUUGGCUCAUUUAAGAGGUUUGCCGGAUUUUCUUUAUUUUAAAGUAGUUUGUGUAAUAUUCUACAGAAAAUCAGCUACUCCCUGGGGAUUCUAGGAAUUUGUGGUUUGUAAUCUUCCCAUUGAAUCUGGUUGAUGGUUGGACAAUUUGGUUUA